UUUCGCUCACUCGGUUCUCGAACGUUAUGAAUUAGUCUAUGGUGUGGAAACUUCUGAUCGGAGUUUGGUUUUUGUCUCUGGAUUUUUGAGGUUACAAAGCAAUGGAACAGAUCACAAAGUACUUAAUCAUCAUCACGUCCCUCAUGACCGUAAAGCUAACAAUAACAGAGAGCAAAAACGAGACCAAACCGAAAAUCGAUCGCAGGUACUACGUGCCGCUUUUCAUCAACGUUUGCGAUAUCGAGGACCGGAGAUCGAAAGUGCAUUGCUACUGCGACAGUAAUAAACCAAAGAUGGCGACUAAGGCCGACUGUUGGGUGUUCGCUGGAGGAAUAACAGAAGACGACCCCAUAUGGCCCAGCUUUUCGUCACAAUCUGAAAUAGAACAUCUGAUGUUCAACGUAAGAUCCGACGACGCCCUCACUUUCAUUCCCGCCAAAGCUAUCGUGAGACUCGACAAAUUGAAACACGUGUCGAUACAAUUCGGAUCCAUAGACGUCAUCCCGCCCUACGCAUUCACAAACUCAUCCACAAUCAAGCAAAUUGUUUUGAAAUCAAACAAAAUUACUACCUUAGAGAAACACUCAUUCGCUCAAAUGAUGAUGCUGACAAAUCUAAGCCUAGAAGACAACUUAAUAGCAGAACUGCGAAGAGACGUAUUCUUCAACUUACCGAACCUACACGUCUUGCACUUAUCUAAUAACAACUUGAGUUUGAUCCACGAAGGAUGUUUCAAGCACUUGAAUAAUUUAAUAGAGUUGAGAUUGGAUUACAAUUACAUAUCAGUGAUGACGAAGGAAACUUUGGAAGGCUUGGAGAAUCUGUCGAGGUUGAACUUGAGGAAUAAUAAAUUGACAAUGAUUGGCAAUUUGGCGUUCAGUGAGUCUUGGGGGUUGAAGGAGUUGAUGCUUGACAACAACGCCAUUGAGUACAUUUCGGACCGAGCGUUCGGCGGGCUCACUCAGCUGAGAAAGCUGACGCUGUCUGGUAAUAGAUUGACGACUUUCUACGAGGAUUUGCUCGAAGACAUAAACAGUCUUGUUGUCCUGGAUUUACGGGAUAACAUUCUGGAGACUGUCUCGUACGAGUCAGUGCGACCGGUCGUGGAAAACGAAAAGUCCGCGUCUGUAGCAGUUUAUUUGGAUGGUAACCCACUCAACUGUAAUUGCCGUCUAUCCUGGAUAUACGCGCUCCGCAACGAGACGAAGGACGGGACUCUGAAGCACGCCCUCGAAAAAAUAUCAUGUAUCGAAGACCCUAUCGAUAGGCACACAAACACACAGGAGACCGAAGACGUGGACAACACUAAUGUCCUCUCCGACGAUAGCUACGAUUACUACGACAAAAAUGAUGAGUAUGAUGUCAAACCAAAAACAACUGCAAAAAAGUUAAUCGACAUACCGCUAGAAACUUUGCCGUGCCCGAAAGAAAUUAUGCAAUCGAUAGAAGAGUCGUACGGACACCCCGUGCAAAACGAAAUUAGGUUGAAAGCUUUCUCGGCAGUUGGCAGGAUAGUACCUAAUUCGAUCCUGACUGCGAUACUAGCGCAACUGCUGUUUUAAACAUAAGUGGAUAUGAAACAAAGAUAUUUGUGAUAUUAGAUGUUAAUGUUAAAUUUAUGUCGUGUACAUUUCUUGAAUUGUGUACCUUAAUGUAAAUGUUGAUCUCGACACAAAUGUAAAUAUAAGUCACACUUACUUGUAUUGUACAAUUAGGAUUGUUUGAAAAUAUUUAUUCUUUACUUCUGAUAUCAACUGUUAAUAGUCAUAUUGUUGCUAAAAUAGGUCACAACUUUAGUGUACAUGCAUCACAUAAAAUUCUAGUUAAAUUAUAGUAUUUAUUCCUGUUGUCUUAAAAUUGUUUUUAGAUACAGAAUAGAUGAAAAAUUUUAAAUGAAAUACGACGAAUUCAACUUUGUACAUUUUAUGAAGUUUGCGAGUAAAUAUAAGUAAAAAGUACAAAAACUGGAACGAACGGCUUUUCCUUAUUUGUCAUUGUGCUCCCAAACAGCCUGGCAACACAUAAAAAAUAAUAAAUGAGCAUACAAAAAGUUACGAGAAAUCUUCGGUAAAACAAACAGGGCCCUUGGAACUGUUUCACUUUCUGCAUAAAUUUGUUACCACUCUGUCGCGUUGAAAUUAACAAAAUUUGGAUUAUGUGACACUCAAAUGAACUAAAAGUUCACAUGUAAAUAAUUACUUUUGUCGUACAUACUUUUAAUGUCGUGUAUUUUAAAUUAAUUAACACGAUGUUAAUUUGGAUUUUAAUGAACAAAGUCACUCGGUAAAAGAUUUAAUUAUACAAAGCUCACUUAGCUUGAUUAAAAGCCUUUAUUGUCUAAAUGUGGCUUUCAAAAAGAAAUUAUUGUUAAACGAAUUAUAAUAAUAUUAUUAUGUAAAAUAAUUGGAUAAAUUCAAAUAUUUAAUUUUACCUUUUCACGUGUACACGUAUUUAAACCUAGCUUUGGAAUUUGUACUUGUUUAAAUGAAAAGCCUGUUCGAAUAUUUACUUUUAUAAGGUAAUUUUUAAUUAAGCUUUAUAAACCAUGUGCGUGGCUUAAAUACACAAAACCAAACAUACAAAAAUAUUCUUUCAAAAUUAUUUUACGUUCCAGGAAUAACUGCUUCGAUAUUUUUUUAGUACACAUUGUAAAGGUACAUGUCGUUGUACUAUUUCUGUACUGUUGUUAUACUGCUGAAAGUUAUACAGGAUGGCUUAAAAACUGCCAAUAAACAUAAAAUCGAACGCUUGCCGUGUACUCGUGUAUCCGUAUCGCAGCAUGUAAACAUAACACGAAACAUGAUUCUACUUUGUAUCUACAAUUUAAGCUCACUCUACACAGUAAACUUUUUUUGUU